AUGACAAGCAUAAAACAACCCCAGUUAAAAAGGGCAAAGCUAAUACAGGAGCAGAAAAUCAAACCCCGCAUCUUCUCACUUCUAGACGUAGUAAGUUCUCCAAGUACCCACCGGACUCAGGAGCCCCGCUGGCUUUGCCUAGUGCAUCCCGGCCGCGGGCGGAGCUGCCCGCCAGUCUCUGGCGCGCUCCCGCACUCCUCAGCCGUUGGGCGGUUGACGGGACCGGGUGCCGCGCAGCAGGAGCAUGGCAGGCUGCAAGUCCCGAGCCCUGCCCCCUUGCCCCGCGGGGAGGUGGCUGAGGCCCAGCGAAAAUUCGAGCGCGGCGCCGGCGGGCCAUCACUGUUGGGGGACCCAGUGCACCCUCCGCAGCUGCUGGCCCGGGUGCUAAGCCUCUCACUGCCCAGGGCCGGCGGCGCCAGCCGACAGCUCAGAGUGCGGGGCGCGCCGAGCCCACGCCCACCCGGAAGUCGCGCUGGACCUGCGAGCACCGCAGGCAGCCCAGGUUCCGGCCCGCGCCUCUCCCUCCACACCUCCCCGCCAGCAGAGGGAGCCCGCUCAGGCCUCAGCCAGCACAGAGAGGGGUUCCCCCGGUGCAGCUGCGGGCUGAAGGGCUGGCUCCUCAAGCGCGGCCAGAGUGGGCUGAGGCCGAGGAGGCGCCGAGAGCCAGCGAGGGAUGCCAGCAAGCUGUCACCUCUCAGAAAUACAGGAAGAACAUCAAUAAUGUUCGAAGUUAUAAAUUGCGGAGGCCAGAAGUCAGAAAACAAGGUGUCUGCAGGACCAACCUCUCCUCUGGAUGCUCUAGCAGAGGAAGAGGAGCGACUGAAGAAGAAAGAGGGUGGAGGUGGAGAUGUGGAGCUCAUAUUGAAUCUUUGGAAAAGUGAAAAUGGCUUUUAGUAUCCAGUAAGAAGAGUAAAUAGAAGAAUUUUAGCCACAAAUGGAAAAGAAAACGUCUCUUCCUCAGCUCAAAGAGACAAGCUCUUGUCAGUUCCUGUAAAAUUUAAUGCUGGUGGGUCUGGAAGCACAUUUCUCAGACACCCUAGCAAAUAGGAAUGACCAAGUAAUAUAAUUUUGCAAAUAAAAAUAUGCACAAUA